AUGCUAAAAAAAGAACCCAAUCGUUAGAUUGAUUUAACACUUAUUCUUAAUGCAACUAAACAAAAGAUCAAAAUCUCUGUAGGCAUUCAUACUACAUUAAAAGAAAUUGCUAAUUUACUUGCUGAAGAAUUAAGUAUUCUUAUUUUUUAGAAUAUAGCAUUGGAUAUUUUCAGAACAAGAAUCAGUUUCUAAGAAACUUACAAAACUAUUAAAUUAGAUGAAGCAAAAACACUAAAACAAUUAGGAAUCACAAAUGAUAACUAAUAAUUAUUUGCCAAUGUAGAGACUAUAUAAACAAAAACUAUUGGUAGAGUUACGAUGGCAAAGACAUUUUAAAAACCAAUAGAAAGAUUUCGUGUUACAGAUUUGGAUCUUGUUCCAUUUCAUCCUGGCUAAAUCUAACCAUUUGAAGUUGAAGGUUUAACUUUAGAAGUAAAAAAUGAAUUAACAUAGGCUGUUUGCAUAAAUUCUAAAUGUAUAAACUUUCAAAGAGAAAUUGUAUUUCCUAUUGGUUUUGGUACCUUUAACUUUUAACGAAUUAUGAAAGAUGUGAAAUGUGAUAUGUGUCCUUAUAGAGCAUUAGGAAUCAAUCCAUCUGUUUUGGUAAGAGAAUUGUUAUUUCGUGAUUGUAAGUGGACAAUAUCAGGUCUCAAAAAAGGAGGUAAUGGGGGUGUAUUUGAUCAAUGUUUGAAUAGAUGGGUUAAAGUUAAAGGAAGAGAUAGUGUGGCAUUUCCAUAAAUUGUAGGUUAAGAUAAAUGGAAAGAAGUUUGGAUUGAAAUUAAAGCAAUUGGAGUAGGAACUUAAAAGCAUCCGUUUUUAAUUUAACCUGAUUGUUUAGAUGAUUUUUAUUACUCAUAUUUUUGA